AUGAAGGAUCAAUUAUCUCACUUAAAGGAGCCACCGACCUUCGAAGACUAAGUUACUCCUCGAAGCAGACUUAUAUUUAAAAGAAAUAUAGAAUAAAUCUAGUAAAAUCAGGGAAAUCAGCAGUAGUACAGCACUAGAAACAAUGAUCUUUCUAAGUUGAGUGAACAGACAAUGAAUUAGCUUAGAAAUGCUAAUAAAAGAUUAACCUACAAUAUAUCGUAUGAUGACCCAUUAACAAAUCUAAAUGAUGCAGUUAAUAUCCUAAAAAUGAAUAGAAAUCAGUCCCUCAUUACAAGUGGAAUUAAAAUAGCAAGGCCAAAUCUGAGAUUGGGAAAUAAACUAAAAUCAUAGAUGGUCCCAGAGUUACCUAAAAUUUCUGAUAGAUCAAAUUCAUCUCCUAGAAAAAAACUACUUGGAAUCCUGAAAAUUAAUGAUAAUAUCUAUUCGCCAAAGGCAUCCGAGAUACAAUUGAAUCAUGGUUUAAGCGAUAUGAAGAAGCCUUAUGUGCCAGACUUUGGCUACACUAAUUACAUGUCCUUUGAUGAAGGUAAAAAAGUUACUUGGCAAAACUUAGCGAAUCAAAUAUUGAGGUAUCCAUAAUAUGAAAAAAUGCAUAGAGUCUUGGAAGAGAGGAAUGAAAAGUAUAAGAAGUAAGUAACCAUUAAAGUUUAGACAGGUUAGUCAAUCUAUUUAAUUUUUAGAAUGAUGUAAGGAGACUUGGAGAAACUUAAAGAUCUCUCAGGGAUGGAUAGAAUAAGACUAUCUUUGAGGAAAUGGAUAUUUUAGAAACAAACAAAUUAGAGUGUUGCCGAUUUGGAUAAGUUUCAUAAGAAGCUAAUGGAAUUCGACAAAAAGUACUCUGGGAUGAAGCGCGACAUUAGUUAGAUUUCUAGUGAAACUGAAACAUUCAAAUCAUACAUCCAGAAGAUUAAAGCGACCAAAAUAUCAAGAAUAUAGCUCAGCUCUCGAAACAGACAGCCGGAUUUUUAGGAUAGAACUAAUGAUAACUCAAUUCUAUUCUAAGGUGAUAGAAGCUCUUUAUCUAAAUCACUGGAGGUGAUAGACAGGACUGACAUUGAAAAUACUAAAAAAUCUCGAAAUCCUGCUAUUAAUUCUGGUCAAGGAUUAUUAAGCUAAGGAGGCAGUAUGGCAAGUUAUAACAAUUACAGCUAGAAAAAAAUCAUGAGUUCUCAUACUGAAACUUAGAAGUCUCCAGUUGUACAAAGUUACUUUAGUGUUUAAAAAGAUUUAGUCAAUAGAAGAUUGCAGAGACUGAGUUUGUAGUAAGAAUAGAUAGAUAGUAGAGUAAAGACUGAUGAUAAAAAGUUUGAAAAGCUUAGAAAACAAUUUAACGAUUGGCUCAGAUAUUAGCAAUAGUCAUAGCAGAAAGAGGGAAAAUCUCAUGGAGUAGAUUAUUUAGAUUUUAUAAGAGAAAGGCAAAAUUCUCAAGAACUCGGAACAAGCAGUACUAAGAAUGUAAAAGUAAAAGCUAUACUAGAGAGAUACUCGGCUUAUAAUAGAACAGCCACGAAUAAAAGUAUUCCGAAAGUAUUAACUAGGGAAUUAAGAGAUUGA